AUGUGUGAUAUUCAAAUCAAAAUAAAAACUGGUGCAACUGCACAAAUUGAAGUGAUACCAUGCAAAAUUUGUGGUGAUAAAUCCUCUGGAAUACACUAUGGAGUCAUCACAUGUGAAGGCUGCAAGGGAUUCUUUAGGAGGAGUCAGCAGAACAAUGCAUCCUACUCCUGUCCAAGACAGAGAAAUUGUUUAAUUGACAGAACCAACAGAAAUCGUUGCCAACACUGCCGACUGCAGAAAUGUCUUGCCCUGGGAAUGUCUCGAGAUGCUGUGAAAUUUGGAAGAAUGUCCAAAAAGCAGAGGGAUAGCUUGUACGCUGAAGUGCAGAAGCACCAGCAGCGACUGCAGGAACAACGGCAGCAGCAGAGUGGUGAGGCAGAAGCCCUCGCCAGGGUUUACAGCAACAGCAUCAGCAAUGGCUUGAACAAUCUGAAUAACGAAACUGGCAGCACCUACUCAAAUGGGCACAUCAUCGAUCUGCCAAAGUCUGAGGGCUAUUAUAAUGUGGAUUCUGCCCAGCCCUCCCCAGACCAGUCUGGGUUAGACAUGACUGGAAUCAAACAGAUAAAGCAGGAACCUAUCUAUGACCUCACCUCUGUACCAAACUUGUUUACCUAUAGCUCUUUCAACAAUGGGCAAUUAGCUCCAGGGAUAUCCAUGAGUGAAAUAGAUCGAAUUGCACAGAAUAUCAUUAAAUCUCAUUUGGAGACAUGUCAAUAUACAAUGGAGGAAUUACAUCAGCUAGCAUGGCAGACCCACACAUAUGAAGAAAUAAAGGUUUACCAGAGCAAGACGAGAGAAGCUCUGUGGCAGCAGUGUGCCAUUCAGAUCACUCAUGCUAUCCAGUAUGUGGUGGAGUUUGCAAAGCGCAUAACAGGCUUCAUGGAGCUCUGCCAGAAUGACCAAAUUCUCCUUCUUAAGUCAGGCUGCUUGGAAGUGGUUUUGGUGAGAAUGUGCCGUGCCUUCAACCCACUUAACAAUACUGUUCUGUUUGAAGGAAAGUAUGGAGGGAUGCAAAUGUUUAAAGCUUUGGGUUCUGAUGAUCUGGUAAAUGAAGCAUUUGACUUUGCAAAGAAUUUAUGCUCCUUACAGCUGACUGAGGAGGAGAUUGCCUUGUUUUCAUCUGCUGUUUUGAUAUCUCCAGAUCGAGCCUGGUUAAUAGAGCCAAGGAAGGUCCAGAAGCUUCAGGAAAAGAUCUACUUUGCACUUCAGCAUGUUAUUCAGAAGAACCACCUCGACGAGGAGACAUUGACAAAGUUAAUAGCCAAGAUACCAACAAUUACUGCACUUUGCAACUUGCACGGAGAGAAACUGCAGGUAUUUAAGCAAUCUCAUCCAGACAUAGUGAACACACUGUUUCCUCCAUUAUACAAGGAGCUUUUCAAUCCAGACUCAACCACUGGCUGCAAGUGAAGGGGAUAAUAGAAUUUUCACGUAGUCAUGGAAUGCAUCACUAGUAAGACAAAAAGAAAUGUUUUCAUGAAGAAAUUAUUAAAAAUGUCACUACUGCAACACUAGGAAUGUCCUGCACUUAAUAGAAUUAUUUUUCACCGCUACAGUUUGAAGAAUGUAAAUAUGCAACUCUGAGUGGGGAUGUAAUUUUUCUCUUUUUGUUUACUUUUUUUUUUUUCAUUUUUGAACUGACAGUGAAUAUACAAAUAUAGAACACUGGGUGAUACCUUUUUUUUUUAGUUUACUUUUAUUGGGGGAUGUUUUGGGAGACAACUGUUCCUAGAAUUUUAUUGUAGAUAUACAUGAUAAUAGAGCAGUACUUCGCAGUAUUACUCUUGCUGUUUAUUGUUCAAAUAUAAUUUAAGAAAAUUCCACUUAUUAGACUGCCUAGUUCUAUGUUUUUAGAUAGUUUAAUGCAUGUGGAAAUUUGUAGCUGUCUUGGAAAUUAUGGUGCAUAUAUGGAAGACACACACACUCACAUAUAUAUGUACAUAUAUAUGUAUGUAUGUACGUAUAUAUGUAUGUAUGCAUUAUAUGCAUACAUGCUGUAACUUAAGAUCACAUGCCUACAUUUAAAGGAUGCUCAACCCAGCUGUCAUGUAUUUAUUACUCUCCAAGUAAUGUAUUAGAUUUACUUUGGGCAAUCAAGAUUUGUUUUGCCAGAGUUAAAUUGUCAGCUGCCAGUAUGUAAUGACAGGAUCACUUUUGAGAUGUGUGUAAUGUAGUGCAUGUGUGCUGUGUGUAAAUCAAACAUCA